UUCUCGCGAGAUCCGGCAACUGAGCGCUCGGGGCCUUUUCAAAUCGGGAUCCGUUACCGCUCCCCAGGCCGCCGCCAUUGUCGCGCUCGUAGCCCCUCAGCGGAGGCGGCGGAGCUGAGGCAGCGGCGGUGGGAUGGCGGACGCCGACAAGCCCGAAAUGGCCGGGGCCGCUGGCGACGACAGCCCGCAUCCGCAGCCUGCGGAGCCGCCAGGCGAGCCUCGGCGAGAACCGCACCCGCCGGAGCCGGAGAAGCAGCCGCCUCAGCACAGCAGCAGCUCCAAUGGCGUUAAAAUGGAGAAUGAUGAAUCAGUGAAAGAAGAAAAAUCUGAAUUAAAAGAAAAAUCUACAGGAAAUAAGAAAACCAAUAGAUUUCAUCCUUAUUCAAAAGACAAGAAUUCAGGCACUGGAGAAAAGAAGGGUCCAAAUCGUAACAGAGUUUUCAUUAGCAACAUCCCAUAUGACAUGAAAUGGCAAGCUAUUAAAGAUCUAAUGAGAGAAAAAGUUGGUGAGGUUACAUACGUGGAGCUCUUUAAGGAUGCGGAAGGAAAAUCAAGGGGUUGUGGUGUGGUUGAAUUCAAAGAUGAAGAAUUUGUAAAGAAAGCCCUAGAAACUAUGAACAAAUAUGAUCUUAGUGGGAGACCCCUGAAUAUUAAAGAGGAUCCUGAUGGAGAAAAUGCUCGUAGGGCAUUGCAACGAACAGGAGGAUCAUUUCCAGGAGGACAUGUGCCUGAUAUGGCAUCGGGGUUGAUGAAUUUGCCACCUUCCAUUCUCAAUAAUCCAAACAUUCCUCCUGAGGUUAUAAGUAAUUUGCAGGCUGGUAGACUUGGUUCAACAAUUUUUGUUGCUAAUCUUGACUUCAAAGUUGGUUGGAAGAAGCUAAAGGAAGUGUUCAGCAUAGCUGGAACUGUAAAGCGGGCAGAUAUUAAAGAAGACAAGGAUGGCAAGAGCAGAGGAAUGGGCACAGUCACUUUUGAACAAGCAAUUGAAGCAGUUCAAGCAAUUUCUAUGUUCAAUGGGCAGUUUUUGUUUGAUAGACCUAUGCAUGUGAAAAUGGAUGACAAGUCUGUUCCUCAUGAAGACUACCGUUCCCAUGAUAGUAAAACUCCACAAUUACCACGAGGUCUUGGUGGCAUUGGAAUGGGACUUGGUCCAGGUGGACAGCCUAUUAGUGCCAGCCAGUUGAACAUAGGUGGUGUAAUGGGAAAUUUGGGUCCAAGUGGUAUGGGAGUGGAUGGCCCAAGUUUUGGAGGAAUGAAUAGAAUUGGAGGAGGAAUAGGGUUUGGUGGUCUGGAAGCAAUGAACAGCAUGGGAGGAUUUGGAGGAGUUGGUCGAAUGGGAGAGCUAUACCGUGGUGCGAUGACUAGUAGCAUGGAGAGAGAUUUUGGACGUGGCGAUAUUGGAAUAAGUCGAGGCUUUGGAGAUACCUUUGGUAGACUUGGCAGUGCAAUGAUUGGAGGGUUUGCAGGAAGAAUAGGAGCUUCUAACAUGGGUCCAGUAGGAUCUGGAAUAAGUGGUGGAAUGGGUGGUAUGAACAGUGUGACUGGAGGAAUGGGGAUGGGACUGGAUCGCAUGAGUUCCAGCUUCGAUAGAAUGGGACCAGGAAUAGGAGCUAUACUGGAAAGAAGCAUCGAUAUGGAUCGAGGAUUUUUAUCAGGUCCAAUGGGAAGUGGAAUAAGAGACAGAAUAGGCUCCAAAGGCAACCAAAUAUUUGUCAGAAAUCUGCCUUUUGACUUGACUUGGCAGAAACUAAAAGAGAAAUUCAGUCAAUGUGGUCAUGUCAUGUUUGCAGAAAUAAAAAUGGAGAAUGGAAAGUCAAAAGGCUGUGGAACGGUCAGAUUCGACUCCCCAGAAUCAGCUGAAAAAGCAUGCAGGAUAAUGAAUGGCAUAAAAAUCAGUGGCAGAGAAAUUGAUGUUCGCUUGGAUCGUAAUGCAUAAUUUCAAACCACGGUUGGAACAUUCUUACAUCUGUUUUGCUGAAUCUCCUAGUAAAAGUCAUUUUUUUUUUUUUUUUAGUAAUACUGUAUGCUUACAAAAGCUGUAAAAAUGAACUUUUAAAACUCCCACCAGCUUUUAACAGUACAGUGUUAAAUAUACUGUGAUUUUUGUUAAUCUGAAGUUUGGGUUUUUAAAGACAGCAAGUCUGGUCAUUCAGUUUAAAUGAAUGGUUAUACUGUUUUUAAUGAAAUAAGCCAUUUUCUUGUUUUCAGUGCUAUAUAAUGGGCUUUGUUCAACUUAAAGUAAGUUUUGUUAAUCAGCUUUAAUGUGUAAGGUAAAGCAUAGAUGUUUUUUCAGAACUUCUGUUUUAUAUAUGAAUUGUUCUUGAAAAGAAAGGGCUUAGACAAAUUAGGAUUUUGGUUGGUUUUAAAUUAGUUUUCUUUGGUGGUAAAAAAUGGAGUAAGUUUUAAAUUCUAAAGUUAAGGAUAUUUUUUAUUUGACUUAAGUGAAGAAAUGAAGUUUUCUUCUCUUCCCUUCUCAGUCAGCUACAUUUUCACACAGCUCACUCUUAGUGUUAAUCUCCACAGCCUCUUAUUUUAUUGUUUCCAAUAAUUCCAAGUUCAUAAAGAACUGAUAAUGUAGCAAGCCCUAAAUACAAUAAUAGGCACACUGCUCCCAAUUUUUUGUCUAAUUUCCAUCCAUUGAAGUGAACAGCUAAAAAAAGAAAAAUAAUUGAAAUGUUGAGAGAAAUGGUUAUAUAAGUUAGUCCUCUGCUAUUCACUUCUAUAGGAGCAGAGGGAUGCAUAAAUGCAGUUUUAAUGAACCACGGGACACCUAGACACAGCAUAUCAAACACGUUAGAUCCCACAAUGUUAGACAUAGCCAUAUCUCCUUUGCCUGUAAAAAAACAAACAAAAAAAGGCAGGUUGUUAAAAUGUACAUACUAAUACUGUAUUUUAUUAAGAGGUUCGUAAGUAAAAACACUGGAUUUUUUUGUUUUGUUUGUUGAGUUUGGAAAACUGUUUAGAGCAAAAGGCUUAGUGAAUUUGUAUUUUUUUAAGUUUGGAGUGGUAGUAUUUAAAGUCAUAACAUUUAUUUAAUAAUUAUCUUUAUUUAUUAAACAGUAUUCCAGUAAAGUAUAUAGAUUACUUGUUGCUUUUCAUUCUAAUUUAACGGUUAAUUACAAUUAAUGCUCAUUUCAGAUGAAUAUUAUUUGGGGAAUUGAUUGAGUGAAAUUAAUGUGCUAUUAAAUAGUAAAUCCUUUUAAGUCACUUCCUUUUUUCCUACAAAGUAUGUUAGUGAGGAGAAAUACAUAUUCUAAAAUUUUUUUGCUCCAUGUGGUUCAGCCAGGCUUGAAGAAUGGGCAUUGCAUCUUGAGGGACCUUGUUCUUACCUUUCCUUGCAACCAGCACACUUGCAAUUGUGUCUGGUAUGCUUGUUCCUGCUGCUAGUAAAGUAAGGCCCAUUACUGUAUCUGGAAUUUUUAAUGUUUCCCCUGUAAUAAACAUAAAACAUAGAUAUUGCCAAUUACCAACCUUAAAACUUUUCACUAACUUCUCUGCUGAUAUUUCAUAUAGUUCCUCCCUAAACAAAAAUAGGCAGUUAGAUUUCAGAACCAAUAUGUACUAACUUAGAUUUUAAUAGCAAAAUAUAUGAGUAAGAGUGGUUAAUAGGGUAACCCAAAUAGCAUAGAAUUUUAAUGACAGAUUUUUAGAUAGCUAAAAUUCUGCCUAGGAGUAAUCCUCUAAUAUAGUAUCUUAUAGAUGUUUUAGAUAUCCACUGUAAAUCUUGACAAGGUUGUUGCUUAAUAUUUGCUAAUGAGAUUGGUUAUUUUCUCUUUAAAACCAUUUAUUAAAGUGGUCAGUUAAGCAACUGUAUUUAUGGCUAUUUUUAAGCUGUAAAUGUAUUAAUAUGACAUAAAUAUUUUAAGCCCUACUUUAGUGAUAUAUUUUAGUGUUUUCGUUGGGAAAGUUGACCAUAAAUAAUUGAGGAAAACAAAGUAGGAGUUUUAUUUGAAUCUAACAUUAUGGUCUCAAUUUAUUAAUGCCUCUGUUAUGUUUCAUGCCAGUUCAACAUUUAUCAGACCAUGUAUGCAGUCUAGGAAACAGAACCAGAGGGAAGUUAUUUUUUAAAAGUAUGUGUAACUCUCUUUUCAUGUAACUUGCAGUAUCAUUUUUCUUCUUUUUAAAAAGGCCAAUUGAAAGAACUUUAGCUUAUUUAUUGCAUGCUUAUAUAUUGUGAUUGGUUGUUAAUUUUCACUGGCUUGCAGAAUUCAAAUGUACAUAAAUAACACCAAUAUUUAUCAUCUGGGGCUUUUCUAUGACUUGUUACUUGAUUUUGUUUUUUUUCCUAAUGUCAAAUAGGUUAUGAAUGAAAGAAAAUUUGGAGUGAUUCUAAUAUGCAAACUAAUUAGGCUUUUUCAUUCUCCUCAUUAAAAAAGAAAAUAAAAGGAAAUAAUGCUCUUUUAUUGCUAGAAUACUAUUCUAAGUCAUAUAUUUGAUUUGGGAAAAGUCAGCAAACUUUUUUUUGUAACUGGGCAGUUUAUAAUCUGUACCAUAAAUUAAAUAUCGUAAUUAUUUUUAGGCUUUGCAGCUUAUGUGGUCUCUGUUGCAACUCUUUAGCUUUGCUAAUAUGGUGUAACACAUGCAGUAAUAAUAUAUAUGAGUGAUGGGCACAGUUGUGUUCAGUAAAGCAUCACUACCAAAAAAUAAGAUCCCCAGUGAUUUUUGGGAUAUACUGACGAUAAUUUGUUCACUCUCAUACAUGUCAAUUCAGGUAAUCUUUUUAGGAGAAAUUCCUAAAUUUUUUGUUAUUCUUUAUAAUUAGUUUUUCCCUUUUGGGUUAAGAGUUCACAGCUUAUUUGGCCUAGUAGUAUUAUCUAAGUCUUAAUCAUGAAUGUAAUAGAAACCUAAAAUGAAGAUUUGUUUUAUACUCCAUUUACUUAUUUCAUGGUAUGCUUAUAUUGCCAUACUAAAAAGCAAAAAUAAAAUUAAUCCAGUUAAACAGUGAGCACCUGUCAUUUUCCCAGAACACUGACACCUUGCUGUAUUUUUCACUGGAAUGGUCACUACAAAGUCACUACAAAGAAUGUAGACCCCAUGCAACAUGAUUUAAUGACUAGCAUAAUGGAAAGACAUCCAAUAGAUUUGAUCUCAUUUAUAAGUGAUCCUUUGACUUGUAUCCUGGGCUAUAUAAUAGUGAGAAUAUAGUUGGUAUGUAAUGCAAUACAAAACCUGAAUGAACUUGUCAUAUUUGAUCUUUUUGUAAAUAAGACUAAUCUUUAGUCUCACUGGAAAAAAAUUUGUUCUUUUAGAUAGACUAGCUUUUG